UCAUGGAGUUUCUCUCUCUCUCUCUUUGUUUCCCCUUCCUUUAUAACCCAUUUUCAUGCUUCCUCUGCUUCCCCAGCUUCGAUCAUGGAGUUUGUGAAUCUAAUCCAAGAGCUUAAUCAGGGGAGAAACCUCGCUCACCAAUUACGCGAUCAUCUUCAUCCUUCUCUUUCUUCUUCUUCUUCUUCUUCUUCUUCUCCGUCUUCAAAUGGCAUUCUCUUGAUCGAUCAGAUUCUUCGUUCUUACGAGAACGCGCUUUCUGUUCUCGCCGGCGGAAGCGGCGGCGGCGGCGAUGAAGAAAUCCCGCCCGCCAUUGCGGCUGUGAAACACAGAGACGUAUCGAAGAAGAGAAAGGUAAUGGCGAAAUGGAGUGAGUUGGUUAAGGUUCCUUCUGUCUCCGCCAUUGGAGCUCUUCCUGAUGAUGGAUUUAGCUGGAGAAAGUAUGGGCAGAAGGACAUUCUUGGAUCCAAAUUCCCCAGAGGCUAUUUCAGAUGCUCACACCGCUUUGCACAAGGAUGUUCAGCGACAAAACAAGUUCAAAGAUUAGACAAUGAUCCAUCCAUGUAUGAAAUAACGUACAGAGGUAAACACACCUGCAACAAAUCUCUUCAUUCAAACACACCAAAACAAGAACAAACCCCACAAUUACAGCAACAUCCAAUGCCAAUGCCACCAAAACAAGAACAAGAGGAGCCAUUGCAGCAGCAGGAUGUCCCAUUGUAUCUCACCGUCAGCUCGGACAAUGUGGACGACAGCCUCCGACGACCCUUUUGUCCCCGGUCGCCAUUGUUUCGAUCUGAAGUUGAAGAUGAUCAAAGCCCUUUUAGGGGAAGUGAGUUGGAGGGGUUAGAAUUUUGGUGUAUUGGGGAUGGAGAUUUGGUCUCAGGUCCGAGUUCAUUCACCAAUAUUUCCAUGGGAGAUUUGGAGGAGUAUUGUAGUUUGGAAUCCUUCUGCUGAAUAUAAACAAGCAAUCGGCAUUGAAAGAGAGAUGAUUUUAUUAUGUGAAGGUCUCCUGCAUUGCUGCUUGGUUUUGAAUUCAGUGUACUUGUUCAUCUUUCUGUAGGAGAAAAUAGGCAUUUGGUAACUUUCUUACCACUUGUGUGUUUGAAUUAGAACAAUAAGUUUGGAAUUCGUAUUCAUAUUUUUUUUCUAAAA